AUGGCUGACACGAAUAAGCGGAAGUCAGGGCCGGGAGAUAGCAGAGAUGAUAAGCAAGGCAAGAGAAGCAAGGGCGGGUCAGGUGGAAAAUGGCAAACGCCACACCAAAAGAGCAAAGCCAACACUCCACGGGGCGGUGGGAAGAUUGAGCCUGGCGAUGCGGGAAUCUGGGCUACCUGCAUGAAAAGCAAAGAAGGGAAAGCUACGGAGGAAUUGAAGAGCCUCUUUGAACAUUCUGCCGAGAAGUUCUACAAUAUUUCACCUGUGAAAGAAGAUGAUGAUGAAGAUGAGGAUAUCGAAGCCUCCAUUCGGAAAGAGAUCAGCGGCAUGGCGGCGACGAAGGAUGCGCCAAAGAUGUUCCAGCCCGUCUUCCUGGAUGUGCAGUGUGUGCUGUUCUUCAAGCUACAGCCUGCAAUUGAGCCCGUCGACUUCGUCCAUCGGAUAUGCGAGGAGGCAGCGAGUAACCCCACUGGAAGGACACACAGAUUCCUGAACAGGCUGACGCCAAUGACACGUAUGGGGCGAGCGACGCAGACCGACCUGGAGGCACUGGCUAGGGAGGUCUUACAGAAACAUUUUCGGCUAGUGGAUGGAGACGGGACGGAAGGGAAAGCGGGCGAGUGUGAUGCCCAAGAUUUCUGCUCGUAUGCGAUCCGACCAACAAUCCGCAACCACAGCCUCUUAAAGCGUGAUGUUGUAAUCAACACUAUCGCAAAUCUCAUCGAUAAGUCCCACAAAGUCUCGCUCACUAACCCAGACAAGGUUAUAUUGGUCGAACUAUACCAAAAUGUUUGUGGCAUGAGUGUCGUGGGAAGCGAUUGGGAGGCACUUAAGCGCUACAACCUCAACGAAAUUUACUUGCCCACUCCCAAACCGGGGCCGGCGGCACCUGUAACAGAGGGGGUCCCUGCAGCGGAACUUACGGCGCCAGAUCUGGCAACGAAAGACGAGACACACGUGCCCGAUGAAAACACUGUUGCAGAGCCGACGGCGGCGGCACCGUAG